AUGAAGUCGUGGCCCGUUAGCAGGAAGCCGAGCAGUCGCCCCGACACUAGAGAGGGACCCAAUCCGAGUCCCCGACACCAAGUCCGAAUCGUGUGGACUGAGUGUUCCGGGCUGCCCGACAGUUCCUAGCCAAACUUCGCCAACUCCCGCCGCCGUUGCCGCCGCCACCAUGCCCAAGACGAUCAGUGUGCGUGUGACCACCAUGGAUGCAGAGCUGGAGUUUGCCAUCCAGCCCAACACCACUGGCAAGCAGCUGUUUGACCAGGUGGUGAAGACCAUUGGCCUGAGGGAAGUGUGGUUCUUUGGUCUGCAGUACCAGGACACCAAGGGUUUCUCCACUUGGCUCAAGCUCAAUAAGAAGGUGACUGCCCAGGAUGUACGGAAGGAAAGCCCCUUGCUCUUCAAGUUCCGGGCCAAGUUCUACCCUGAGGAUGUUUCUGAAGAAUUGAUCCAGGAUAUCACCCAGCGCCUGUUCUUUCUACAAGUGAAGGAGGGUAUUCUCAAUGAUGAUAUUUACUGCCCUCCGGAGACGGCUGUUCUGCUGGCCUCCUAUGCUGUCCAGUCCAAGUAUGGCGACUUCAAUAAGGAAGUGCACAAAUCUGGCUAUCUGGCUGGAGACAAGUUGCUUCCGCAGAGAGUUCUGGAGCAGCACAAACUCAAUAAGGAUCAGUGGGAGGAGCGGAUCCAGGUGUGGCAUGAGGAACACCGGGGUAUGCUCAGAGAGGAUGCUGUCCUGGAGUACCUGAAGAUUGCUCAAGACCUGGAAAUGUACGGGGUGAACUACUUCAACAUUAAGAACAAGAAAGGCUCAGAGCUGUGGCUGGGUGUGGAUGCCCUGGGACUCAACAUCUAUGAGCAGAAUGACAGACUGACUCCCAAGAUAGGAUUCCCUUGGAGUGAAAUCCGGAACAUCUCUUUCAAUGAUAAGAAGUUUGUCAUCAAGCCCAUUGACAAAAAAGCCCCGGACUUUGUCUUCUAUGCUCCCCGACUGCGGAUUAACAAACGAAUCUUAGCCCUGUGCAUGGGGAACCAUGAGCUAUACAUGCGCCGCCGUAAGCCCGACACCAUUGAAGUGCAGCAGAUGAAGGCACAGGCCCGGGAGGAGAAGCACCAGAAGCAGAUGGAGCGUGCUCUACUGGAAAAUGAGAAGAAGAAGCGUGAAAUGGCAGAAAAGGAAAAGGAGAAAAUUGAACGGGAGAAGGAGGAACUGAUGGAGAGGCUGAAGCAGAUUGAGGAACAGACUAAGAAGGCUCAGCAAGAACUGGAAGAACAGACCCGCCGGGCCCUGGAACUUGAGCAGGAACGGAAACGUGCCCAGAGUGAGGCUGAAAAGCUGGCUAAAGAGCGUCAAGAAGCUGAAGAGGCCAAGGAGGCCCUGCUACAGGCCUCUCGGGACCAGAAGAAGACCCAGGAACAGCUGGCCAUGGAAAUGGCGGAACUGACAGCCCGGAUCUCCCAGCUGGAAAUGGCCCGACAGAAGAAGGAGAGUGAGGCUGUGGAGUGGCAGCAGAAGGCCCAGAUGGUACAGGAAGACUUGGAGAAGACCCGUGCUGAGUUGAAGACUGCCAUGAGUACACCUCAUGUGGCAGAGCCUGCCGAGAAUGAUCAAGAUGAGCAGGAUGAGAAUGGGGCGGAGGCCAGUGCCGAUCUACGGGCUGACGCUAUGGCCAAGGACCGCAGUGAGGAGGAGCGUACCACCGAGGCAGAGAAGAAUGAGCGUGUGCAGAAGCACCUAAAGGCCCUCACUUCAGAGCUGGCCAAUGCUCGUGAUGAGUCCAAGAAGACUGCCAAUGACAUGAUCCAUGCUGAGAACAUGCGACUGGGCCGAGACAAGUACAAGACCUUGCGCCAGAUCCGGCAGGGCAACACCAAGCAGCGUAUUGAUGAGUUUGAAUCCAUGUAAUAGACACCCAGCCUCUAGGGACCCCUCCUCCCUUCUUCAUCGGCCCCACUCCUACACCCUUGCCUAACUCACACUGUGCUAGAGCCACUAACUAGAGCAACCCUGGAGUCAUGCCAAGCAGUCAGUGCAGCCAUGGGACCAAACCUAACUCUUCAGCCCCCAUUUAUUUCCCUGGGCAAACAGCCCACUGUGGUGUCAAUGGGACCCUGCUUUCCCUUCUCUGUCCUACUUAAUCUAGAUUGCUAGAGUAGACCACUUCCCCAGCUCAGAGGCACUUCCUGCUCAAUCUGAAAACUCCCCUCCUUCCACCGCGCGCGCACACUUGCUGUUUCGGGAGUGCAGUGUGGAGUAGGUUGAAUUAGCCUCUCUGCCUCAGCACUGUCUUCCUCUCCCACGUCCUGUGAUUGGUAAGGUUGGAGUAUCACAGGGUUAGGGAAGGAGGCAGGACCCUGGCUAUCUGCACUAGGAUGUCAACAGACCUAGGAUUUGGCCUCCCAAUGCCAAUACCUUUUCAGGUUAUUUAGGCUCUGUACUGAUUGGAGGAUAAAGAGAUGUUCUGUCAUUCUUGUUUCUACCUCCCAUAUUGGGCCUGCUACAAAUUCAGUCCCAAUAAGCCUUGUCCCUGAGUUUAGGGACUCAGUUUCUCCCCAGGAAGGGAUGGGGGAGACAGUGCCUUCAACAGACUGCAUGAUCAUCCUAAAAGACUGUUGGCCCUCUGUUCAAGCAAGGCUGGGUAGGAGAUCCUUCCCCAUUGCCUUAAUGGGAGCCUAGGUCCAUCUCAAGUGAGCUCUAAGGGCAGAGGUACCUGUUACUUAUUAUUCCAGGUCCCUGGUCCCUUCUUUGGAUCUGCUCCUCCCCUCUCCAAUUUCCAAAUCCCCUCCAACUAGAACAGAAGGGAUGAGUACCCAAAAUCCCAGCUAGCCUCACCCUGGACUCUUGCCAAAACAGAAGAAAUGGACAUACCUGGUUUCAGUGUUUUCCCCUGCUGAGGAUUGUAGGCCACUUCUAGAGAUACUUGGGUCCCAGCUCCUGCUUCACAGCCAUUCAGGUCUUGGUAUGCUGAGCCCUAGAGCUUAAUGCCAGGAAGCUCCAGUGGGGAGUGGGUACAAGAAUCUGAGAAAGGUGAGAACCUGUGUCUCUGGUCUCAGGUUAUUCAACCCUCGUUUCCAUCACCCCUCCCAGCUCCAGGUUGGGACUGGGCUCUGCCUCUGUUUGACAAACCUCUGAUCCAAGUCUUGCCAACAGCUGUGUUGUCCCAUGGAACUAUAAACCAGAGAGUUGCUGGGAUUCUGGCCUAAUCCCUUGCAUUUCCCCACCCCUUGUUCUCAACCUUGGAGUGGCCUCAUUCCUCCUUUCUAACUCAAGAAUGCUCUUUUUUUCUUCCCACCAGUAUUAUAUAUUCUAGUGAUAUCUAACUCAGUAUUGAUUUCUACCUUUCUUGCUAAUGCACCAUUAGAAGAUAUUAGUCUCGGGGCAGGAUCAUUUUGGCCUCAUUCCUUUACCUACCCCAUACCUGGGAAGCAUAUGCUAUAUUAUAAAAGGGUAUUUUGCCAGAAACUUUAAUGUAAGGAGCUUUCAGUAUUAGUGAUGUUACCUGUCACUAUAGGUCAUACAAUCAACUCUUCAAGUACUUGGCAUUUGGUUUUGUUUUUCCUGUUGCCUUCUCCCUGGGAUUCAAUCCCCAAAGGGCUACCCUGACCUCUUCCAUACAUUGCCCCUACCCCAGAGCAUCCCUUGAUAGCUCCCCUUCCCACAGCCCACCCCCCCAACCUUAGGGAGUCUUAUGUGCAUUGCUGUGAACUAUAUUGACACUCACUUGGUGAUAUGCCCUAUAUUGGCUAAAUUCAAACCUGGAAUCUUGGGACAAUCUGGCUGCCUGAUGGCAGUAACCCACCCACAGGGGAGGCUGGGGAGAAAGGUUAGAUUUUGUAUUCCAGUUUUUUGUGUGUAUUUUUGGUUUUUUUUUUUUUAAUGUUUUUGGAGGGGUUUAUGCUCAACCCUUUGUUCUACUUAAGUGCCAAUAAAGUUUAGGAGGACAA